UCCUUGACAUUAGUUGAAAACACUCGGCUUGGGGCAUAUUCGUGAGUCCGAGAUUGGGUCGCAUUUUUCGGUUCCGCUGAUAAAUCUACCAAAAAAGUAAGUUGUAUUCUGGCGGCAGCAACACGUACUCCAUCUGAAAAUGGCAAAAAGGUUGAAUAUCGGUGCAGAUGCGCUUGAGAAACUAGAAUACGAUUCGGACAUGUCGGGCCCCGGAAAGGUGAGAGAUGAAAACUCACUAAAAAUGACACCAUAUUGCACCAACAAAUUCACCGUACCACGUCUCACUGCCGACGCAGCUGCUACUAAAAUCAAGGACAACCUUUCAUUAUUGGCUUCCAUCGAAUCUGAACAAAACUGCCUACCGAAACACAUUGCCGAGAGUCAAAUUAACCUCGCAUUGAGUUUCUUCCUGGGGAUCAACCGUUUGAACCCGAAAAAAUCAGGUGUUGUACCUUCCGUUUCACCGCUCUAUGAUGCUUCGUCGGGAUUUUCCAUUUUCGAAGUGGUUCAUAAUGUCUUACUUGCCUUCGAUUGCGGAUACUAUUCAAUCGACAUAAAGUUCAACGCAUCUCGUGAGAAAUUUCUUCACGAAUUCUUCUGCACUACUUUAGGUGGUCAGAACUUGACACCCAAGGAGCCAUGGGAAACAUUCCCAGAAGAUGAGACAGUUGAAGAACACAUACCGUAUAGUACAAUGUUUGUAUUUGAUUCCGGCGAUCUGGAUGCAGCCGCUCACACAUUAGCGUCUUCGUUCGAUGAUCCUGUUAUUCCUUGGCGUAUUCGAAGUGUUUAUGUCCAGGAAGCUUGCUAUGAAGAUUUUGUUGCGAAGUUAAAACCUAAGCUUCGAUCAUAUCCACCUGAAAUUCUUCGGGACUCUGCAUUUACUGCACUAUUCAACGAAGGGAUGGAAACUCUAAAGAAAAUCAAGGCGAAAACUAUUCAACCAGAUAGUCAACAUGCAUCUGGCCCUGUGGUGCCAACAAUCUGUUGCGAGUUUAGCCGAGAACAACUCGACAAACCAACCGGUCUAUCACCGAUCGUCGUUCUAAAAGCUGUUCGCACAGCCAAGGAAGCUGUUACUCUCGCUAAGAAUGAAACUGGUGGUAUGGCGUCGAUUUGGACCGAGAAAAUUGCUUUAGCCUACGAACUGGUGAACAGCCUAAAUUACAACACAUUUUGGAUCAACUGCAUUGGCAAGCUUAACGUUUCGAUACCAUUCACAUUCCGCAACUACAAGAACUGCGUCGGUUCGGAUUUUGCCCCCAUCGAAUGGUUUGUCAAACAUUCCUACAUCGAAGGGCAAGAUUACGCAACUAGCGAUUCACCAAUGGUAUUGGAUGCUUUGAAAGGAGCUUCAAAGGUCGAAAAUUCGUACCAUUUCGAAUAUUUUUCCGUUGGGUCGAGUGAUGUCAUAAAGUCACAGAGCAGGAAGAACAAAAAGUGGGACGCCUUGUUGGACCUCGUUGAUUUGUCGGAUAUUUAUUGGAGAAAUGUUUAUGUGGCUGCUACGCAAUGGAAGAGGAAAACAGUUGUUUUUCCAUUUGGCGUUACCUUUGCCAAUUAAAGGUCCCUUCAGUCUGCCGAAAGUUUAAGAAUAUUACUCUGAUGCCAAAGGUGUCCUCGAAAGGUUUAUUCCGCAUUUAACACGAAUAGUUCACUUUAGCUACCUCAAUCUUUGAAUCUACUAAUUUCGUCGUAAAGUGAACAAAAUAUUUUUUGUAUUAGAACUUAUAUAUGCAUGAACAUUCGUUAUUUUUUACAAUAUUUGUUUUGAGAUAUGACGGAAACAAAGUUUUCUCUGUAACACUUUCAAGUUUUUACUACGCAGUGCAUUUUAUAUAUGAGGCCUUCGAUUGCCAACGUAUUUAUGUAAUCUUAUGAAGUAAAAUAAACGUAAUUUUUCACAUAUGAAAUUAU